GGCCGCUCCGCUCUCAUUCUCAUCUCGUGGCGCUUGGAGUUGGACUGUUGGAGCAGCUAGCGGAGUGGUUCGUUGCUGCCGGAAACCCAAGCCCUGCCUGCCCGGCCGGUAUUUCUAGUGCGUAGUAUCGCCAUCAGCGCUCAAUAAUACAGCACGCCCGCUUUGUUUUCCAGCCCUUGUCAGCGAACCUUCCCCCUGAAAACCCCACCCACCCUUCCUCGAUCCUCCUCGCCUCGCCUCACUUGCUUCUUCCACUCUUUCCACCACCACCCAUCCCUCUCUCUCUCUCUCUCCUCCCGGCCCGGCCCUUCUCUCUCUUUCUCUCUAUACGCGGAUCACCGGACGGAGGCAAGCUAGCUACCACCUCGACCGACCGGCGGCCGAUCUGUGCUGUGAACAAGUCAGGAAGCUAGCUCGCGGAGAUACAUGGCUGGCGCGGGGGGUGCGACGGCGGUGCAGCAGCCGGCGGCGGGGGCUCCGCCGGCUGGGGCGAGGAGUGGUGCCGGCGCCGGCGCCGGCGCGGCGGGGGCCCCGGUCGCCGACCCGCGCGCCGAGGCGCUGCGGUGCCCGCGCUGCGACUCGGCCAACACCAAGUUCUGCUACUACAACAACUACUCGCUGUCGCAGCCGCGGCACUUCUGCAAGGCGUGCAAGCGCUACUGGACGCGCGGGGGCACGCUCCGCAACGUCCCCGUCGGCGGGGGCUGCCGCAAGAACAAGCGCUCCAGGAGCAGCAGCGCGGCGGGCGCCGCCGGGAGGAGCGGAUCCUCCUCCGCCGCGGCCGCCGUCACGUCCUCCUCGGCGGCGUCCACGCUGCCCCUGCCGCCGCCGGCGGGGUCCCUGCCGUCGCUCACGUCCGCGCUCGGCCUGCCCGGGGGCACCUCGCUGGCGUCGCUGCUACUCGGCAGCGGCACCGACGGCGACCACCUCGGCCUCUUCCAGGCGGCCAUGCAGUCGGUUGUCUCCUCGGAGGCAACCGCCUACGAGAUGCAGCAGCAGCAGACACAGGUGGACCACCUGCUGGGCCUCGGCUACGGGGGCGCCGGCGCCGGCGCGCAGAUCCAGCAGCUCAAGCCGUGGAUGCACGAGGCCGGGGCGGGCGCGGGUGGGAUCAUGGACAGCUUCUACGCGCCGCUGCUCUCCAGCUCCCUCGUGCCGGGGCUGGAGGAGCUGCACGUCAAGGCGGAGGCCGCCGGCGCCGGGGACCACCAGCAGAAGGCGGCGCCCGGGGACCAGCAGAGCGGCAGCUGGGAGCUGCCGACGCCGUCGCCGUCCAACGUCGACGCAAGCAUCAUCGCGUCGGACGCGCUCAUGGCGGCGGCCGCGUCCAUGAACCCCGCGGUUAGCUCCACCUCCACGACGGCGACCACCGCGCCCUCCUCGUUCAUGUACUGGGGCAACGGCGGGAUUGGCGGCGCUGCCGCGGCGUGGCCAGACCUCGCCAACUGCGGAUCCUCCAUUGCCACGCUCUUCUAGCGCCGCCUGCCUGCUGUCCGGCUCUGGCUCGUUAACUUUAUUUUUUUCACCUUGAUUUUCUGGUUAAUUUUUUCUUGACUACAAUAACAUGUAAUUUGUGGGGGAAAGCUGAGAUGAGAGAGAGAGCGCUGUGGAAGAAGAGAGAUCAUCAUCAUCUCACCUCAUAGGGCAGAAAAUUAGACAAAUCAAACAAUGAUCCAAUAUUUCAAGAGGAUUUCUUCGCCGAGUCGAACGCUGAAUCCAUGAUCUUUGCCGUCGAUGGAUGAUCAAGGUGGUCGGCAACUAGCAUCCAUGGAUUUAGGAGGAGGAGGAGACCAUGAGACCAUGGGAGAGCAAAGAAGCCAAGAAGUGUAAGUGCAGUGCUGCCACAUGACACUACUUGAUAUUUACGUCUUCUUGGCUAGCUUCUCCUUGGGUGUUUUGUACAUAGGCGGCAUAUGGUGGGGGAUACAAUAGCUAAGGUAGCCCGUGAGAGAUACAUCAUGGUGCAAGUCAUGAGCCUCUCUCUCUCAUCUCGACAUUUUAAAUCAGUGUGUUUUAAUUGGUUACUCUCGCUCUCUCUUUCUCUCUACCAUGGAUUAGGGAAGAGCUCUCUAGAUGUACAAGUUAAUACUAGUACUUUUCUACCCUUUUGCAGCUGAAUUAGAGAACUGUUUUUGAGUUCUCAUGCAUUAGAGAGUUGUUAAGGGUACGGUCCAUGCAUCAGCUUCGUUCUCUCUUUCUUCCUUUCUCUUCUAGACUGGAAUUAAUUUCUCUUUCUUUUGGGGAGUUUUGUUCAAACAUGGCUUGUACGAAUUAUGAUGACUUUGUGAGUUAUGAGAAAUUUAAACACACCUGCAGUUCUCACUUCU